CUCUCCCAUUCAUUUAUUAUUCACUUUGCUCACCUUUCUUCUUCCCCCAUCAAAUCACAAAAAACAUUCUCGCACUAUGAAACUCGCCAAACUUAAUCCAAAACGUUUCUUCAUCAGAUCCAAAGAUCGUUCCACGGUCUCUAAAUCCCCUGCUUUUUCCUUCGGAUCUGCUUCCUCUUCUUCCGGCCAAGACUGUAUUAAAAACUCUUCCAUCUCCAGCGACGGCGGUGGAGGCGGCUCCGUUACGCCCACUAGCAUCCUCCCGGAUGUUUCUUCUCCUUACUCCUACGUCGAGAUCCUCCAAGCGUUUAAGCUGAUCGACAGAGACAACGAUGGCGCCGUCUCCAGACACGAUCUUGAGUCUUUGCUUAGCCGUCUCGGUCCUGAUCCACUCACGGAGGACGAGAUCAGCGUUAUGAUUCAAGAAGUGGACUGCGACGGCGACGGUGCCAUCCGUUUGGAAGAGCUGGCCAGCCGUCUCGUCUCUUCGGAUCCGUCUCGUGACUCGGCCGAGCUGAAGGAGACGUUCGAGUUCUUCGACGCGGAUCGUGACGGUUUGAUCUCAGCUGAGGAGCUGCUAAGAGUCUUUUCGACCAUCGGAGAUGACCGGUGCACGUUAGAUGAUUGCAAGCGCAUGAUUGCUGAUGUUGACGAGGACGGUGAUGGUUUCGUUUGCUUCACUGAGUUCUCACGGAUGAUGGAUCUUCAGCGUUGAUCUUCUCCUUUAUUUCACUUUUUUGCUUACUCUGCUUUUUUUUUCUUUUUGGUUUGUUGGCUAUGGAGCUCUUUUUGCCCUUGUUUUAAGGGUUAUUUGUUUGGUUUCUUGAGAAUUAGGGUUCUUUUAACGUUUAUGUUUAUAUUUCUGGAAUCUGAAUGCAGAAUUGGUGCAAUAUUGAGACUGAUCUUUUCACUUUUUUUA